AUGCCUGCCUCCCUCAGCCAACAAAAGUCAAAUAACACGUAUCGUGAGCGGAUAAAAGCGCACGCUAUGGCAGGGUUUUGUGCUUUCAGUCUCUCGUGUUAUGAGAACCCUGGAGGCCACACUCUGUGCAAAGAUCAUCGCGAGCGUCGAGUUAGGCAGGCAAGAGCAAGGCGUGCCGAUAAACUGUCCCAGCGCGCUGCGAUAAACAGUCUUGGCAGUCUGAAUGACAAUCUCAACGUGGCGCACCGAUCUUUAUUGGUUUCGCAAGCAGCAGCGCCCACACGCUCCCUCCGUGCACCAUAUGCGUCUUGGGACAAGCUGAUAUGGGUUUCUUUCCCUGACACAAAACCACUCAAAGAAACCGCUACUCUCGCUCUCCAGGUUUUCCGUGACGAUCGCAAAAGUCUUGGUCACGAUCCCUGGCUGGAACAAGCCGAUUCAAUGAAUUUGCGCAACACAGUCACACCGAUGGGCAAUGAAGGCUGGUAUAUACAUCAGGGUCUGGUCACGCUUUUAGCCACAAAAGCGAAAGCAGGGAAUACGUUUUCCAUCGAAGCGCAUACAUGGGACUGGCUAGCCCCAUUUCCGCGGAAUCUGCUAUCCCGUUCCUGUACAGAUGAAAGCGAAAAGUCGCUACGCACUGUACUGUUCCUGCACUGGACCACAAACGAGCCCACCAACCCUACCCUUAACACAGUCUACAGAGUAGUACGCCUGCUGAAACCCAUCCAUCCAACAUCAUUCCGGGUUUACCCGAAUGAGGACGAAGCGCGGCAGGAGAUGGACAAGCUAGGGGACAUCCGGGCCUUAGAUGAUGUGGCUCAGUCAUCUUCAGAAGAGUUCUCAUAUCGGCCCAUGACAUGUUUUGGUUAUGGUCCAUGCAAGCUCCAGAACUACGAGAAAACAGUACACAAAAGAACCCAGAGUGGCUGCGCUGCGCACGUCCAUGUUCGGGAGCGUGGAGAGCAAUAUCAACUUACCUGUGAUCGAGAGACGCAUGCAUCAGAAACCCAAUCGCAGAGAGAUGGAUGUCGGAAAAACAAAUCACGGAAAACAGGGAAGUCGUCCAAAACGCCAGCAGAUGGUGCCGACCAUUCGGCACAUUGGUUCCACCAAGAAUUCGUUCCAUCACUCCCAAGUUGCGAGUUCAGAGUUUUUAUUGCCACUGUACCAAGCAAGAAGGGUAUUCGAGGACGCAUUGGUCAGGUUUUUGCCAUUGCAAAGACUUCGUUCAAUAAAGAGACUCAAGAACUUGCAGCACGAGAGUUUAUCCCAGCAGACCUAGAGCCCGCACUAACACGAUCGGAUCUCGUUCGAUUCGCGCUGUUCGUUUUUGAAGAGCUACGUGCGCGGUCCGACAGCAUGGUCGUCUUUGAGUCUCUCGAGGUGGGCGUUCGCCUCGACAUCGGCGUUGCAGACAACGGAAUUGUUGGCAAGUCGUUCUUUGUGAAUGAGAUCACAAGGUGGUACGGAGCCCACUACUUUUCCAACAAUAUCUGCGCAGAACCGAAGACACAAAUCUGCAACGCGUUUGCUUCUGCCUUCAGCGUGUUUCUUAGUGGUGGUACAGGGAGUGAAUCCUAG